AGCUGAUAAGUUCAAAUCUUCAGCAAAGCACAAAUGCUUUAGCACACAGAACCACUGAUUACAUGACCAAAGACCUCAUUGUGAGAAGAGGGCAACCAUUUAAUAUUGAACUUCAGUUCAACAGAACUGUACAGCCUGCAGACAAGCUCUCCUUAAAAGCUGACACAGGCCCUUCUACAUCAGGAUCCAGAAACAUAAGCUUGGUAAUGCCCAUUUCUGGCUCUGGCAGUGGAACACCUUGGAGUGCGUCCAGUGGAUUAACCAGUAAUAACUCCCUUAAAGUCACCAUCAACUCUCCAGUCAAUGCAAUCAUUGGACGUUAUCGGUUAGGCCUGCAAUUCUCCAGUGGAGGGAAUACUACCACAAAAAGCAUGGGAAAUUUCAUUUUGCUUUUUAACCCCUGGGCUACAGGGGAUGUGGUGUACAUGGCAAGUGCUGAUGAGAGGAAUGAAUAUGUUCUUAAUGAGACUGGGGUCAUUUUCUACGGAAGCUCACAGACUCCAUGGAGUAGACCGUGGGACUUUGGGCAGUUUGAAGAAGGCAUCAUAGAUGCCAGUUUAAAACUACUGGACAGUAGUAUCGAGUACAGAAGAGAUCCUACUACAGAUGUGGCUCGGAGAAAUGACCCAGCCAAUGUGGGAAGAAUACUAAGCGCCAUGGUUAACAGCAACAAUGAUAAUGGAGUUAUUGUUGGCAACUGGAGUGGGGAAUACACUGGUGGUGAAGCGCCCACAAAAUGGAAUGGAAGUGUUGACAUCCUGCGCCAAUGGAUGCAAAGUGGAUCUGUGAAAUUUGGGCAAUGUUGGGUUUAUGCUGGUGUUCUAUGUACAGUGCUCAGAUGCCUAGGAAUACCUACACGCGUGAUCACAAAUUUCGAUUCAGCUCAUGAUACAGAUGAGAAUCUCAAUGUGGACCGAUAUUUUGAUGAGGAUGGCAAUGAAACUCCAGACACAGCUGACAGCGUAUGGAAUUUCCAUGCAUGGGUUGAAGCUUGGUUUGCUAGAAAGGACCUUGGUUCCGCUUAUGAUGGAUGGCAAGUUUUGGAUGCCACUCCACAGGAAGAAAGUCAAGGUUCAUACCGUCUUGGACCAUGCUCAGUGAAUGCUGUUAAAGAGGGAGACGUGGACCUGCAGUAUGAUGUACCUUUUGUGUUCGCUGAACUGAACGCUGACAGAGUAGACUGGUUGGAAUAUUCUAAUGGGUCAAUAAGAAAAAUCCGUUCAAACACCAACUCAGUAGGAAGAUUAACCAGCACCAAGGCGGUUGGUUCUAAUGCUCGAGCAGAUGUAACCAACAAUUAUAAAUAUGCUGAAGGCACCCCCAAGGAAAGGGAGAUAUUUAGGAAGGCUCAGGGUAAACUACAAGGUUCUUCCUACAUGACCUCUGCAAGACGGGCUGUUGCAUUUGCAGCCCAGGACACAGAACCAGCACCAAAACCUGAUUUUAAUGGCACUUUCAAACAAAGCGGUGAGACCCAGGUUGGACAAGAUGUCACAUUAAAUCUCACAUUGAAAAACACAAGUGUCAAUAACAUGACCCUGCAAGUCAAAAUGACCGCCACUGCCAUUGUAUACACCAAUGCUUCAGUUAAAGACAUCCUAACCAAAGUCCUUUCUGUCACACUGGGUCCAAAUGAAGAGAAAAACAUACCACUUACCAUAGCAUAUGCGGAGUAUGAAAACGCCAUAACCACAGACAACAUGAUCAAAGUCGUGGCUGUGUGUGAGGAUGAAAAAGAAGGUAAACUACUAGUGGAUACAGUCAUUACACUGAAGAGCCCACCCAUCGUGAUAAAGACCACAGAACAAGCCCAUAAAAAUAAGCCACUUCAUCUAGAGAUUAUAUUUACCAAUCCCAUUGCAGAGGACGUUGAGAACAGUGUUCUGACAGUAGAGGGCAGCGGGCUGGUAAAGGAGCAGAUAAAGAUUGAUGUGCCUUUACUCAAGAAGAAUCAAAGAUCGGUGACCAAGGUAGACAUCACCCCUUACCGAACCGGACAAAGAUGUAUCGUGGUGGACUUGUCAUCCGAUAAGUUCUCUAAUGUUAAGGGGUCAUUAUUUGUGAAUGUUGUCUGAAUUUAUUCUGUUACUUUUCUGGGAGACUUGUCAAAUGAACUAAAUGUCAUUGAACAA